GGUGUAAUAAUUGUUUCAUUCCUCCCUCACUCAAUAUAUAUUAUUGGCUUUAGCUUAGGAAUGUGUAUAGUUCUCCAGUUAUAAACAGUAGUUGAAAUGUGUAGCCUUGUUAUUUUUGUGUUUUAAUUUGCAAAUGUUUCUGUCAUAUUGGAUUCACGUUCAUGAUCAUUAGUUUUUGUACUGGAUUAUUGAUUAUAAGGUCAUAGGUUCAAAUGGGUUUUGCAACUUCCUGUCUGAUAACCAAAAUGUGUGCCUCUGUUUGCGUUCAACCUUUGGACCUCGUGAAAAACAGGAUGCAAAUGAGCGGUAUCGGAAGUGCUACUUCUGGUCAACGUAACAGUCUUCAAGUACUUCUGUCAGUCAUUAAAAAUGAAGGAUUUUUUGCGAUAUACUCAGGUUUAUCAGCUGGAUUACUUCGUCAAGCCACCUACUCAACUGCUCGUUUAGGCAUUUACACAAAUUUAUUUGAACAAUAUACAAAGCGUAAAAAAGAAUCUCCCAAUUUCUUCACUAAAAUAAGUAUAGCUGUAACUGCUGGGAUAUGCGGUGCAUUCAUUGGUACACCAGCCGAAAUUUGUCUUAUCCGUAUGACAUCUGAUGGCAGAUUACCACCAGCAGAACGUCUAAAUUAUUCCAAUGUGUUCAAUGCUCUAAUAAGAAUCGCUCGCGAAGAAGGAGUGUUGACAUUGUGGCGGGGUGCAGUCCCAACUAUGGGUCGAGCAGCUGUAGUUAAUGGUGCACAAUUAGCUACUUAUUCUCAAGCCAAACAAAAACUUCUUGAAGUCGGUCAUUUCACUGAUGGCUUGAAUGUACACAUAAUGGCUAGCUUAUUAAGUGGUUUUACUACAUCUGUUUUCUCUUUACCGAUUGAUAUUGCUAAAACUAGAAUUCAAAAUAUGAAAACUAUUGAUGGAAAACCAGAGUAUAAAAAUAUGGGGGAUGUUAUUUUACGAGUAGUACGAAAUGAAGGUAUUCUAUCACUAUGGAAAGGUUUUACACCAUAUUUUCUGCGUAUUGGACCUCACACAGUAUUGACAUUUAUCUUUUUAGAACAAUUAAAUCGUCUAUAUAUAAAACAUAUAAUAGGUGAUACAAGUGGUCAACGUUCCGGUGGACUUUAAAACUAGUCAGUUCUUCACUAUUCUUAUUAUAUUUUCUUUUUUGUUAUCAACAAGUCAAGUAAAUCUUUUAUUAUGUUCUCUAGUGUC